AGGUCACAGCUCACGUAUGGAGUCCGGAGGUGCCCACUGCUCACGCUGCAUGAAACCCUCCAAAGCUUGGCACUAUGACUAUCUCAAGUUUUGAAAAGACAAGACUCGGAAAAGGAGUCCUGCAGCAGAAUUUGGCCAGAAAUAUUAAGAUUCUGAGCUGACACAGAAGGCCGGAGAGAGGAUGAGGCUCUUGUCAGAAACCCGAGACACCAGCGCUGGCAGGGAUAAGGGUGGGUAAGGCCUCAGCAAAAAUGAGUGCUCAUCCGUUGUUGGGUCUGCAAGAACCAGACAUCAUUCCUUCCUGCCAGUAUUGAUCCAUUGACUGAUGUAUUCACAGCAGCAAAAGCCAGAGACAACCCAAAUGUCCACUGUGGCAGAACGGCCAAGCGAAUAGUCCACAGCCGUGGCAGAAAACCACCUGGCCUGCAGCCGCAUCCGCAUGCCACGAAAAGACGCGUCACGCAAAAAGAAUGCCAGCAAAAAAAAAAAAGAAAAAAGAAAAAAAAAAGCCAGACCCAGAGUUGCAUGCUGGGAAAUUCUAGUUAUGGGAGGAGGCUAAACUACGGUGUCUCGGCGGCACGCGUGCGUAGUGAAAAUAUUAUAAAGAAAACGAAGAAAAAAUGGCUAUGGUGGUCAGAAGGUCUUUGAAGCUUGAAUGGGGCUGGACGGGACUGGAGCCUUGAAGGGUUCUCAGCAGUCGGCCUGACCGUGUGGAUCCCGUAGCUGCUGAGGACGAACUUCAUUCAUCUGUCCAUUUAAGAAACAUGCCUCCAUCUCUCGCCGUUCUCAGAACGGGUGUGAAUUGAAUUUAUUUUUGGGCCAGGCUUUGUAAAACCUCAAAUAUGGUCACCACUGCCACCUGAUUUGGGUUUGCCCAAAUCUUUCUUAGCACUGAAAACCCAGUGGUCUCCGGACACCCUAGAACAGGGCAGACCCUGGAAGGGUGAGCGACCACCCUGCCGCCACCCUCGAGAGCUCGCAGCCUGGUGAAGGAGGCGGGAAGUCCCAUGCCGUCAUGUCAGCAGUCACGGCCCUGGAGGAAGCACAGGGCCCCCACAGUCUAGGGGAGGCCCCUCUCCUAGGUCAUGGGCUCGGGGAGGCCUCCCGGAGGAGGAGGAGGCAUCUGAACGGAGCUCUUGGAGAGGAAGAGGAUCAGGCAAAGGUGGCAGCCCUGCGCCCUGGUGCCUGACCGGAUGGAGAUCGUUGGCUUCCGUUUCCAGACGGUGGACAAGCGGAGUUUCAUCUCCAGCCGUGGGCAAGGCCAGAGACAAAGCCCUUGGUGAACAUCCUGCUGCCACAGGCCUGUGGAGCUGAGGAAGGGAAAGGAGUGACUUGUGGCGGCUGCUAACUCCUGAGCCCCUCUCCGAUGACUACUUUUGGAGUUUUGGGGACCCCUCUGAAGUAAAGAACAAGAUGUAGGAAAAUGGAACUGCGUGCUAUGUGUCCCCUUUCUUGGCCGCAGGAAACUCACCUUGACUUUGGGAGGCCGCUGAGCUCUGUCCCUGUGUCUCUCGGCCUCAGACAAGCUCUGGACUUGCCCUUGCCCUCUCGCCUCGGUGCUUCCCUGUACAGAAGGAGUGAGUCUGAGGACCCCCAGGGGUACCAUCUCUAAGAGAAGUUUGGGGAACCAGGCCUGCCCCCACCCUGCCCACCCUGCCAGCCCAGCCAGUCCGGAAUGAUCCCGCUAUGGCCAAACUCUGGCUCAAAUUCCAGCGGUACUUCCGCAGGAAACCCGUGCGCUUCUUUACCUUCCUGGCUCUCUACCUGACGGCUGGGAGCCUCGUCUUCCUGCACUCUGGCUUCGUGGGUCAGCCCGCGGUCUCCCAGAACCAGGCCAACCCCGCCGCAGUAGGCCCGGCUGAGGGCGCUGAGCUGCCCUUCCCGGGCGACUUGCACCUGGGCAGGGCCUUCCGUGACACCGGCGAAGCCUCAAGCAUUGCCCGCAGGUACGGACCCUCGCUCAAGGGCAAGGACUCCAGCGAGAGGGCCAAGCUAGGAGACUACGGUGGGGCCUGGAGCCGUGCCCUCAAGGGGAGAGUCGUCCGGGAGAAGGAGGAGGAGCGAGCCAAGUACAUCGGCUGCUACCUGGAUGACACCCAGAGUCGGGCCCUGAGAGGUGUGUCCUUUUUUGACUACAAAAAGAUGACCAUCUUCCGUUGCCAGGACAACUGUGCUGAAAGGGGUUACCUGUAUGCUGGGCUGGAGUUCGGUGCCGAGUGCUACUGUGGCCACAGGAUCCAGGCGGCCAACGUGAGCGAGGCCGAGUGUGACAUGGAGUGCAAGGGCGAACGCGGCAGUGUGUGCGGCGGGGCCAACCGCCUGUCCGUCUUCCGGCUGCAGCUGGCCCAGGAGUCGGCCCGCAGGUAUGGAAGUGCCGUAUUCCGAGGCUGCUUCCGAAGGCCCGAUAACCUUUCCCUGGCCUUGCCUGUGUCAGCCGCCAUGCCCAACAUGUCUGUGGACCAGUGUGUAGACUUCUGCACGGAGAAGGAGUACCCCCUGGCGGCUCUCGCCGGCACCGCCUGCCACUGUGGGUUUCCCACCAGACGGUUUCCCCUCCACGAGAGGGAGGACGAACAGUUCUGUGCCCAGAAGUGCAGCGCGGAGGAGUUUGAGAGCUGCGGGACCCCCAGCUACUUCAUUGUGUACCAGACGCAGGUUCAAGACAACCGCUGCAUGGACAGAAGGUUCCUCCCAGCCAAGUCCAAGCAGCUCAUCGCCCUGGCCAGCUUCCCGGGUGCCGGCAACACGUGGGCCCGACACCUCAUCGAGCUGGCCACCGGCUUCUACACAGGCAGCUACUACUUCGACGGUUCCCUGUACAACAAAGGGUUCAAAGGUGAGCGGGACCACUGGCGCAGCGGGCGGACCAUCUGCAUCAAGACCCAUGAGAGCGGGCAGAAGGAGAUCGAAGCCUUCGACGCUGCCAUCCUGCUCAUCCGCAACCCUUACAAGGCGCUCAUGGCCGAAUUCAACCGCAAGUACGGCGGCCACAUAGGCUUUGCGGCUCACGCUCACUGGAAGGGCAAAGAGUGGCCGGAGUUCGUGCGCAACUACGCCCCCUGGUGGGCUACGCACACGCUGGACUGGCUCAAGUUCGGCCGGAGAGUGUUGGUGGUGCACUUCGAGGACCUGAAGCAGGACCUCUUCGCGCAGCUGGGCCGCAUGGUCAGCCUGCUGGGCGUGGCCGUCAGGGAGGACCGGCUGCUGUGCGUGGAGAGCCAGAAGGACGGGAACUUCAAGCGCUCGGGGCUGCGCAAGCUCGAGUACGACCCGUACACGGCCGACAUGCAGAAGAGCAUCUCGGCCUACAUCAAGCUGGUGGACGCGGCCCUGAAGGGGCGCAAUCUCACGGGCGUGCCCGACGACUACUACCCGAGAUGAUGGCGCGGCGCGGGGUAGGGGCGAGAGCCCCAGCACGCCCUGGUGACCCCCGACCCGUCCUGUCUUCGGCUGCUGUGGCCUUCGGCGAGCUCCCUGCGUGACAGAGGAGGCUAGAGGGAAGGGCUGCCCGGGCGCGACGUGGGCGUCCUGGUCUGGAGAGCUCCGGCGCAUGGACCCCUUUCUGGCCCUGUGUCCCUGUCCCCAACACUCUGGGUUCCCCUGAUGGGAGGGAGGGCGUCUUACUGUCACGGAGCUGUUCUGGGUCCUGCCUGCCCCGGCAGCGGUCGUUGAGGACCUGAUGUGACCCCGUGGGCUGAGAUGUGCCCCCCUUUCCUCCUCUGCUCAGGAAGCCCUGACACUCACCGUCUCGGUCCACCCUGUGUCGGGAAGAAGGCUUGCUGGACGUGUCCACAACUGUGGUUGUCUGACGCUCUGGCUACAGUGGGGAGACAGUGGUGCUCACAGGUGGCCCCCACCACCUGGGGUCCCUGGCACUAUAAACCCAUCCCCUGGUCACCCUGCAGCUGAGGAGCCAGCUGGUGGCCUUUGCAGUCUGGGGCUCCGCUCCUGCCCUGUUCGUCCCCCGCUGUGUCCAGGAGGUGAUAUGGGAGGUCCUUUGUCUGCUCCCAGGGUUCCUUGGGCAGCAUCAGCUAACAGGGUGCCACGCCCAGAAUCUGGGCAGGGUUAGAACCCCGGGCACACAUCUGUCCACGGUGGCCCAACACAUCCGUCAUAUUACACGGCCCUCCCACCCCUGCCAGUGGACCCUUUGCUGUCCAGCUGAGAGAUCAAGAGUGCUCCAAGUCAGGCGGGGCCAUGCUGUACCCAGAAGAGACUCCCGCUACCUUCCCAGACCACCAGCCUCCCUUCGCUCAGAGCCCAACAGAGCCAGCUUCCCCUGAGGGCCCUUUAAGGAGUGGGGCUGACCAAUGGCUCACCGUUUCCAUUGUGACGCUGCUCUGUUGAUGCUGAGACACCAAACCAAAGGAUUUCUGAGGACCCGAGUCACUGACCAUCUGUUUUCAAGCACUAAUCCAGGACCCCUUCUCUUCCCAAAGCCGGGAUCCCAGUGGCUUCACACCCAGCCCACGUUAGCACCACCCCAUCCUGUAGACGCAAAAGCCAUAGGUCACAGCCUCUUUGCUCUUCUGUCUGGAGUGCCCCCCAAAAGUCCCUCUGCAGCCUCCGGGUGCAAGUAAAGGCUCAUUCCCGAAAAGCAAAGGGUCCAUGGAGAAGGCAAGUGAAAAGAGUAUAUUUUUUUAAGAGGAAUAUGACUAACACAUUCCACUCCCUUGACCCCUGGCCAUGCAAAGAGAAGGCACAAGGAUGAGACCUGUGCUGUCACUCUCCAGGUUCCCUCAUCCGUAGGAUCUGGGCCACCCCAUGGUUCAGCCAGGGGCUCUGAAUGUAUUUCAUACCGUGUUUCUGUCCCCUGGCUGAUUUCUAGUCUUUCGUGAAACAGUAGAGGGCUGGGCCUCCCCUCUCGCAUGGAAGCCAGCUCUCACUGGGAAACUCUUGACCCAAGACCCAGGCCAGUUCUUUGCUGGUGGUCCCCUCUGGCCACAGGCUUGUGUCUGAAGAUUCCUCAGGUCAACACUAUCAUUAAAUUCCAGUUUUGCUGAUAA